GCUCAACCUGCCCGGUACACCGCCCCCAGCAUGUCAUACUGUACGAGCCGCAUGUUCAUUACAAGUGCUGCCUGCACUCAGACAAGCAUUUAACAUCCACCGCACCGUUUGCAGAAUAAAGACCAGCCUGCUACUGCGCACACGCUCGGGAUUUUGCAACAAAACACGAACCGGGGGAGUUUCAUUCUGCACGCCAGGAGUGUUGGAGAUCCGCAGGUUAAUUGCAGUGAGCUGCUCCGACGUUUGGUCGAUAUGCUGGGGAUCUGCGUGUGUCUCUGUGCGGUUUUCACACAUGUCCUCUCUCAGGAGGUUGAGGAGCCCGUCUUCUACACAUGCACAGAGGGGUAUGAGUUUGACACAGUCAGAGAGCAAUGCAGAGACAUCGACGAAUGUGCCUUGUUAAACGAUGCCUGCAAAGGAGGGAUGCAGUGUAUCAACCACUUUGGUGGAUACCUCUGCCUCCCCAAGAGCGCUGUCAUCUAUAUCAGUAAGGAGGGCGAGCAGGUACCAGUGCCGGACCCUGUCGCUCCAGUCCCUGCUGUCCCACCAAGCCAGCCUGAGGUCCCACGGCUGUUUUCAAACAGCCAGAGGUUCUCUCAGUCCAGCCUGACCACCCGCUGUGCAACUGGAUUCACUGCAGAUGAGCAGAACCUCUGCAGAGACAUAGACGAAUGUGCGAUAGGUAGACACACUUGUGGCCCUGAGCAGACGUGCUACAACACCAAAGGCUCCUACACCUGCCAGUGUCCUCCGGGCUAUCAGAGGAACGGAGAGCACUGUGUGGACAGAGACGAGUGUGCCCUGACUCACUAUUGCAUGCACAGAUGUGUGAACACACAGGGCUCAUACUACUGUGAGUGCAACGCAGGUCAUAAGUUGGCCAGCAACAACCACAGCUGUGUUGAUGUGAAUGAAUGUGAUGUGCAGAGUCCCUGUCAGCACCACUGCUACAACCUGAUUGGCUCCUUCCUCUGCCAGUGUGACCAGGGCUAUGAGCUGGCACAAGAUGCGGUCUCCUGCCAAGACAUUGAUGAAUGCAGCUUCUCCAGCUACAUGUGUCAGUACCAGUGUAUUAACAGCCCAGGAAGUUACUCCUGUGAGUGUCCAGAAGGAUAUCAGCUCCAGGGAAACAGGUUGUGUCAAGACAUAAAUGAGUGUGAGACGGGGACCCAUAACUGCCAAGAUGAUGAAAUGUGCUGGAACUAUUAUGGAGGCUUCCGCUGCUAUCCCAGAAACCCCUGCGAGGCACCUUAUGCCAAAACCUCUGAAAAUCGCUGUAUCUGCCGUUCUCAGACUGAGUGCCAGGGUCUCCCACCGUCAAUUGUCUACAAAUACAUGAGCAUCCAGGCAGACCGGACUGUGCCGGCGGAUAUCUUCCAGAUUCAGGCCACCAACAUCUACGCCAACACACACAACACCUUCAGGAUCAAAGCUGGGAAUGAGGGAGGAGAAUUUUUCCUCCGUCGUUCCAGCAAUGUGAGUGCCAUGCUGGUGCUAACCAAGCCUCUGUCAGGCCCCAGGGAGUAUGUCGUGGACCUGGAGAUGGUCACUCACCAUCUGACCAUGAACUACCGCUCCAGCUCACUGCUGCGGCUCACAGUCAUAGUCGGGCCCUACGCCUUCUGAGCACCGCAAUUCCCAGCAGCCCACAUAAGUCUGGUUCAGCAAACAUAGCAGUGUAACACAGCAGAUGCCUGUAUCAGAAUUACAUACUGUACAUUUUCAUACAAAACAUGCAUACAACAUAUAACAUAGGCUGUGCCAGACUCACUCACAGCAAAUCCAAUAGGCUUGCUCAUGACCGACCAGCCCAUGCUGUAAUGUGACCACUGGGCAUCUUUUUCUCCCAGGGUGCAGGGAAGCAUUGUGAUGAAGAGUUUUUAGUGUCCUGGGGAGUCAAGCACUGUGUUUCAAAAAGAGCACUUAACAGUAAAACAAUUUUAAUCUUUAAAGUUGUUUACUUUAAGUGCCUGAAGUGGACAUAGGAAAUAUGCUGGAUGCAGUGUUUUCCCUUGUAGUGGUUGUUAGCUACUUCCAUAGUAAAAACAAUUUGGGACAGAGCAGUGGCCCUCAAGAAAAGAAGCCUAGUGGACACACAUCCUAACUGUGAUGAAUCUGGGAUGCAGCUGUACCUUCAUUUAUUACUUUGUUCAGACCAGAACUGCUUACAAUAAUCUGUGUGUGCAUCAGUGAAGCACUCUGUUAUAGGAAAGAGAGAGAAAAAUCAUAUUUUCUAUAUAAGUGUACAUGAUAAAUAUCCAAUAUGAGCAGCUUUUGAUACAAAAAAUCAUUUACAGACCUUGUAAAUCACAGCUUCUGUUGAUAAAUGUUGUAGGGGUUAGUACUGCUGCGCCGCACUGUUUGUGCAAGUUUCUGUAUAGUUUUACUCAUGAGUAAUAAUUUCCAGAGAAGUCCAGAACAGUUCAGAAGUGUAAAGGGAGGGAAUUUGCCUGUGAGUUGAGAGAGUACUAAACUUUGCAUGACAACAGGCUUGAUGCGUGUAGGCUUUACUCGCAGGAGUUAAGUAAUGUACAUACCGAGGUAACAAAUCUGUGUUUAUACGUGUAUGUGGAUGUUUGUAUGUUUGAGUGUGCGUGUGUGUGCCUGGCUUUGUUUAUGCAUGUAAGCAAAUGAAAGUGUGAAACACAGACGGAGAGAAAGGGAAAGAGUGAGAAAGAGCUUGUUCUCUGCCCCAGGUUUGGUGGAUGUGGUCAAGCUGUUUAUGCGUUUCUGUGAUGCCAUCCUCGCAGCCCUCGGUCACAGAGGCAAUAACAAGAGAUUUUUUAACUCGAGAACACACGCAGGAAAUGAUGGCUUUCAUAACACACCUUGGCCAAUUGACCGCCUCAUUGGUGCCACGGUGAUUCUCCAGAGGAACAGCUCGGCUUUCUAAUGUCGGUCCCAGUCAAGAAGUCACACUGGCACCAGGCUGGCUUGCGUGAUGAACAUAAUUACAGUGCUUUGCCCUGUUGCUGCUUCAUGUGUGACACAAGGGAUUAUUAAAGUGUUAAUACAAUGCCACCACACUUUUUUGGCAGAACGACCAAUCUUUCACUAGCUGCUUUGUCUUUCAUGACUCCAUGCGUCUGCUCUGGCUUAUUGCUGAAACACUGUACACUGUUGACACAGCAAUGAAAACCACAUUUAAAAACCAACAUGUUGUCACCACUUUAAGUGUAGAAAGUUAUCCAUCUUUGCCUAGUCUUUUAUGUGGUUUCAGCAGUGAUCAUGCCAUAGUGCCUUAGAGUUAUAAACACAAAAAUUGUAACACUAAUCUUAUAAUUCAUGCUGUCAAGACUGUUAACUUCCUGCAUUGAAAUGCCUUAAUGUUUUUUCUCUUCUAUUUAAAAUAUAUUUUGUCAUAUGUAUCUUAUAUUGAUUGUACUCUGAAGAGCAAAAGUUAUAUUGUUGAAUAAAAUAUGAUGGAUAAAUGGG